AUGGAUUUAACAGCUAUUUUGGGAUCUAACAACAAGUUCACCGAAAUAACACCAAGUAACCCCAAUAAUUUACUAUGUGAAGAACUCGUCAGAAAGAAUAUGGGCGUUAAAACUGAUGCUUUGUCGGCGGUUAAGCUAGACCCAGCGGUACUAGAAGCUCAAAUCACCAUCGAGGCAACCAACAAUAUGACUUAUUGCGAACCCGAUGAGGCGAUAAAUGAAGAAGUUGUUAAAAGAGAGACUCCGGCGGCAGAGAGGUUAGACUUCGAAGAGACGCUAAAUUCUAUGCAUCGUAAUGCUCUGCUCAAUCUGACCUCGCAGCAAUUUGCCCUCCUGAUGAUCUAUGUCAGUAACUUGAGGAAGCAACGUGUGUCAUUUCAAAAGCGGACCGAAUGUGCAUUUUGUAAGAACAGCGGUGAAUCAGCUGCGUGGUACACGAGCCACGCUUUGAGGGACAGAAAGGGUCGCGUGCGAUGCCCGAUGUUACGCGCUCUGACAUGCCCACUGUGUGGCGACACCGGCGACCGCGCUCACACUCUCAAGUAUUGCCCUAACAACAGUAACUGGAGAAUAUAA